UUGGCCUUUGAAAAAACUCCUAUCUGUAUGCCAGCCCAGACUUCCAGAGAGAGCUCAGGUUCCUAAAUCCCCAUCAUCAUGAACUGGAACAUGAUCAUCUCGGGGCUUGUUAUAGUAGUGAUCAAAGUUGUCGGAAUGACCUUAUUUCUGCUGUAUUUCCCACAGGUUUUUGACAAAAGUAAUGAUGGCUUCAUCCCCACGGAGAGCUACGGAACCACUAAUGUGCAGAAUGUCUCACAAAUCUUUGGGGAAAAUAAUGAAAGUGCCAUGCCUACAAGGAGCUAUGAGACAGUCACGCCAAUCUGUCCCAAAGACUGGGAUUUUCAUCAAGGGAGAUGCUUCUUCUUCUCCACUUCUGAAUCAUCUUGGGAAAACAGCAGGGAUGACUGUGCAUCAAAAGGAUCAACACUGGCAAUUGCCAACACACCAGAGACACUGAAGUAUCUUCAGGGCAUAGCUGCUGCGGAGAAGUACUUUGUUGGUUUGAGACGUCAGUCUGGAGAAAGAAAGUGGCGCUGGAUCAACAACUCUGCCUUCAAUGGCAAUGUCACGAAUGAGAAUCAGAACUUCCACUGUGUCACUAUAGGCCUGACAAAGACAUUUGAUGCUGCAUCAUGUGACAUCAGCUAUCGCUGGAUCUGUGAGAAGACUCCCAAAUGA